AUGGCCGUUGCGGCAACAUCAAACCCAAAAUCGAAAGUGGUUCUAGCCAAGCCUAUGGUCCAGAGUCCGUCGAGCGGACUACCACCUUCUCCAUCCCAGCUACCCUCACAAUCCGAAUGGGAUAAAGCGCUAUCAUUACCCAUGGUGGACAGGAAUGGCGAAAUACACUCGUUCGGGUCCCUCAUUCAAACGGACCAUGAGAUCGAUACUGUCCUUGUAAUAUUCGGAUGUGGUGGUUAUAGCAUGAUCAAGCCAUAUGCUGAAGAACUCAGAACACCCUUUCCCAUAUACACCGACCAUUCGAGGGCGAUAUUCAAAGCCCUUGGGAUGGGCAGAACUCUACAAGGGCCAGCAAAAAAGCCGGCCUAUGUAAAGACUACCGUAGUAGAAAUGGGAUUGAAGGCCUUCAAACAUGUAAUGAAAAGUGCAAUGCAUGGUGGGGCGCUAUGGGAAGCAGGUGAUAUGAGCCAAGUUGGUGGGGAAUGGUUUAUAAGAAACGGAAAACUAGAAUGGGGCCACAGGAUGCCAGAUACGGCAGGGCAUAUGAGUGCCGAGGAGAUAUGGGAUGUUGUGAAGUUUAGAAGUGAGGAACAAGGGGGAACGCAAAUCAGGGAAGGGAUUGUAAGAGCGGGAACUAUGGAAAAGCAUGGAGCUUUCGAGCCCUCGAGAAUUGAAGAUACCAAGCGCUGUGGGUGUAGUUGA